AUGUCCAGUGAUAAUGGAGCGGUACCUCGCGGAGACUCCAGCGAGUUCCAGGACGCAAACUGGCCGGCAGAUGCCGCCCCAGCACUGAGCGGCUUUCUCUUUGGCAACGUCGACGCCGAAGGCCGUCUCGAAGCAGACUACCUCGAUGCGGACGCGAAAGCCUCGCUGCACGUCAUAGCACCAAUGGUGCUGCCCGACGAUGCCGAGGUGUUCACUGUCGCUACAGCACGCGCGAGCAAAAACUUCAACGACGGACACGAGCUCGGAGCGGACCCGAGGGCCUCGAGUGCGCUCGGGAGAGGCGUGUCGCAGGUGCUCACCUCCGCUCCACUGAACGGGGAUACUGGUCUGGUGCAUGCUGCCUCCGCUGCGCCUGAGACCGAACAAGAUCGAGUGAGGCCGCUGCGCUCGACCCCGUCGCUUGUCCAAGACAGGAGCGCGUCUCCCGAGAACCUCGACUUUUACGAUGCGUCUGAUCUCUCUGAAGACCUCGAUACCAGUUUCGACUCCCCGGGAUUUAUGAAGCCCUCUUCGAGCGCUCCACAGCGGACGUUGGAAGUGGUCGUAGGGGCAUCGGAGGGCGCGCUGCCUUCCGCUGAGAGCAGCGAGCAUCAACACCGGCACGGAGACGAAAACGCGUAUAGCCUUCAUGAGCAAGCUGCUCGCGAGGCGCUGCUCUCCACGGACUAUGACGCCCUAAGUGAAGGCGAUGAUGAAACGGGCGACUCGAAACUGAAGGUCGCCGAGCCCGCCAGACUCGGACCUGGAACCUCAUCUGCGGGCUCUGAACGAGCGUUGCUGUCGGCGGAGAGAGCGCCCCUGCAACCUCAACCGGCUGCGAAAGCCUCUUCGCCUCAACAGAAUCUUUGCUCAGAUACGGAUAUACCGCGUUUCACGCGCUUCCUUGUGCCAGAGGAGCUGGUGCAUCCAUUUCACGCCACGAAGCGGAAACGAAUCCGCUGGCAGAGCAAGUCGACACAAGCAGAUGAUCCGUCCGAACGCCUGGUCGGUGAGGAGCUUCUCUUCCAACGACCAGAGGAUCUCAGAUGGAUCCGUUUUCCCUAUGCCUACCUGAUUUUAGACGACAUGCAAGAGGUACAGGAGCUCUUGCGCAAGACGAUCCACCGACGUGUCCUAGCGGGCCGCGCUGGUGAAUCCAAAGCGAAUACCCGCCGCUGCACACCGCUGGUAGCUGAAGCGGUCACAGAGAUAGCGUCCAGUCGUGAAGGUACUCCAGCGACACCAGCACACCAAGCCGUCGAGGCGCCUGUAGCGGAUGCUCACCGCUCUAACGGGCGAUUGGCUGCAGGGGAGCGCACGCGAGCCGCAGCACCUUGUGCUCGUCCACAUACGACAAGCGCGGACGAUACCUGCGCUGCUUUUCUGUGGCAGCAAUGGCAAUGGGAGCAGGAUGUCUGCUGGGAAGAAACCAACAAGUCCACAACAUUGCGAUAUUUGCCGGCUUCAGAGCGACUCGAACAUGACGCGCAGCGAAAUGAAGCGCUUGUCAAUGGCGCCUGGACGCAGCUGGUCGCCUGGGAAGGACCGGCACCUGUGUGGCAGCGCUGGCGUCAUCAGCUGGGGAAGAAAACCACCAGCGUACUAGAACUAGAUGAGCAUGCGAUUGCCAUCAGCAGACGAUUCAGCUGGCUGCAUCUGGAUGAGAAUGAUCCUCAGCUGAUUCUGUGUCGCGCUGCGAAUCGGCUGUUAACACAAUCAGCGCCGAAUCUGUACCUGCCGCAGCAGUUAGGCCAGAUAGAGUCCCUGCUCAUGAAUGCGUCCAACGAUCGUUUUUACGGUAUCGAGAUGACCGGGCAAAGGCGACGGAGUGCCCGCACCGAGGCCCUCGCAAACUUGCGUCAUGCACUGAAAGCGCGCCAGGGCUAUACCUCGGCGUGGUGCUACGGCUACACGGAACCCCAGAGUUACUAUCGACCGAAUAUCUUGCCGAUACUCUGGCAGUUGUGCGGUCAGCGUGCGGUGCCGUUGCUCCUAUUUGCGGCAAAGUCGGCGCCCUCGAUGCUACCGCACGAGAUGCGUGCCUGGGUCCCGAAGAGCUGGAGCGACCUCUCGGGCAUUUCGCCCAAAGCAGGCGGAGAUAUUUACUUGUUUGAAUAUCCACUGGAAGCCGAUCCUUUUCUGGUCCAAUUGCCAGGUAUGGCUAGUCGGCUGCUCACCUAUAGUCGCCGUGCAGCUGACGACACGGUCUCGAAUCCCAGCGAAGACCCCGAUACCGUCUAUCUUGCCGCAGACGACUUGCCUCCGCUGCACACCGGAGACGUGCGCCCCGGUCAGGUGUUACGCGUCUAUGAGAACAAUGCGUUUGCGGCUCCGUUUGAACCCGUUUCGCCACCUCAAACGGACUUUUUGGUCGUCUGUUCCGCUCAGCGCGGAUUAUACGUACGUCCAAUCAAGCAAGUCCUAGCGAUCGGGCGUCUCGAGCCACGGAACCGGCCCAAGGUCAUGAUUCCCAAUAGUGACCGCAUGAAGCGUUUCGUGAAAAACAAGAUAGAACUCGAUGUAACUCGUGAGCUGAUUCGGCGUGGCGAUACCGGGGUCGAGCGCUCCGAGGUCAUUCAGAUGUUCCCGCGACGUCGGGUUUACCCCGAGACCACGAUUGCGAGCGUGCUGCGCGAGACUUGCGACAAUGCCCGGAACCGUUACGUUAUCAAGAAGAACUAUGUAGAGACCGUAUGGCCCAAACGUGAGCUCGAGUUGUUGCGUUUCGUGACGCCCGAGGAAACCUGCGCCUUCGAAUCGAUGGAAAUCGGCUGGGAGCAGCUGUCUGCCAAAGGGAUCACGAUCUUUUCGAGCCCGUCUAUGCAGGGAAACAUCGUUGGCGGAGCCGAGAAAGCAGGUCUCGGAGCCCGAGGUAUCGAGAUUGCUCGCUACAUUCGAGAGGAACUGGCCAAGACACGUUGGGUUCGCACUGAGGUGCUCGUGCGCGCUCAGAAGAGUCUCCAGUUCGCGCUGCGGAGUGUACUGAGUGCUGCAUCCCUGGCGAUGGAUAUCUUACGCGGCAAUCCAGCUGCGGACGAUCGACUCAAAACCAUGUCGCGGGAUGAUGCGCUGCGGUUUUUGAAAGUGCAGUUCUCAUGCAACCUGAACCCUUCCCAACGCGCAGCCAUUGACGUUGCCGAGACCAGAGCUGCCACCGUCCGUCAAAUUGCCCUUGAGAGAGCCCGUCAACGCCCGCUUGUACCGCUUGCUGUUCAAGUGCAACGUCUCAUCGAUGAACACGUCCAGACGGUACGGGCGCUCUCGCUGGAGCACCAGCUGGUGCUGCUACGUGAGGGAUACCCCCGCAGCGCCACCGGUCGCCCUAGCGGCAGCGGCCUCAACAACAACAUCGGCAGAAAAGCGCUGCAACGCAUGGAGAAUUCUCGGGCAACGAACAUGCCCAAACCUGCUGAUGACUGGGAGGAGCGGCAGGAGCUGUCACGUCUGUUGGCCUCGCAGCGGCGGAGUGUGCCGGCUCCGAUGGACUCGGGACUCUCCGUAUCCGGUUCUGAUCGGCGCUCAGAGGCGUCAAGCGCACCUGUGCAGUAUGUGCGCAAGCGUCGCUUGAAGAUCAUCCGCCGAAUCAACGGUCAGGUGCAGGUGCUGUAUCUGGAAGAUCCCCAGGAGAUAGAGGCGUAUCUUCAGCAUCGGCGGAUGCGUGAGGAGGCCCUCCGCACCGGCAUUGGGGGCGGGAUCGGAUUCGCUGCUCGCAGUAUGACACAGAGUCGCAAAGCAGGUAAGAAGGGAACCGCAGAAGAGCGUCUCCGGGAGCGCCUCGAAGAGUUGGCUGAAGCAGCGCGGCGCAUCAACGCGUGGAUGCUGGGGCCCACGACGGCGCUCGGUGCCGCCAAACCUGCAACAACAAUGACAACAACAACAGGAGCAGCAGGAGCAGCGACCAGUGCUUCUAAUGGUGCAAGUACCGCUCAGAGCUCACACGCUAUCGCGGAAGCGCUCUCUGGCGCCGUGCAUACGAUCCGAGAGUCCAUUCGGAUCAGCGGUGCCUCAACAAACCAGGCCGUAGGCACUCUGGGAGACACCGGGCGCCUGCAGCAGCGGCCUGCAGCGCCACCGGCAACGUCCAUGAGAGCAGAGACAGGUGCUGCUUCUAUGCAGCAUCAUCAGGCGGGUCUGUGGCUGGACGCGAGCGCCUCCAACUCGACCGAUGUCUCUUGGUUGCGGGUGACACUACCAAAUCAGCAGCAGCAGCAGCAGCAGCAGCAGCAGCCUGCAGGAACGCCUCCAGUAGCCAGUUUUCGCAGUGUAGCCGAACGCGACGGUGAGGCAUCCCUACUGGAGCCUAGCCAGGCCGGGUUCCCCGCUGCGCACCGCAAGCCCGACACCAUCGAGAGCGGUCAGCACGGAGACCAGAUACCUUCUGUCGAGCACAGUGACCAGCAGGGAGCAUUUGCGUGGCUCGCCCCGGAUCGAGCGAAUGCGCUCACCUCAGACCUGAGUCAGUCAUCGAGCCGAAACGCUUCCCCGAAACCCUCAUCACUCGUCACCAAUGGCGCUGGUGCGCCCAGCCGCCUCAAGCUGCGCAUUCCCGCUGCACUUGCAACCGAAGCGCCGGGGCUUUCUCAGGGAGCUCAGCUGCACGGCACUGCGGAGAGUACGAGUGGCGUGCCGGCACCGGCGCUGACUAGUGAAGCGCCCCCCUCAUCCGGUGUGCCGCGCAUUUUCAUUUGGGCACCCAAAGAUGAGCCUGAGGGCUCGCUAUCCGCAUCUACGCGGACGUCGAGCGGAUUCGAAGCAUCCACCGCCCUGGCGAAGGAUACGACCCUCUGGGUGGAACAGGGCUCAUCACCGCGACCUGGUCCCCGAGUUCGGGUCAGCAAACGUAGCAGCGGCAAAGUGCACCUGAACAAUAUUCUACGGGAGGUGGAAACCUGCGUUCGCGAUGCCGAAGGCGUUGUUGUUGCCACCACGCCCUACAUCUCUGUGGUGCGCGUACGUCCGGGUGAAGCGCUGCCCCCGGGCGGGCUCGAUCGACCCGCCAAGCUUGCCGUAGCCGGGAACAUCGACUUUAUCAAUCCGGUACGUGACGCUGCGUACCGCAAGAAAAUACCGUUACCAAAGCAGAUGUACUUGCAGAGAAUACGGCGCAAAUGUGAGGAGGUCGCCUAUAAUUCGGUGGACGAGUUCCUGUCGGAUAUGCGCCAGAUUGUAGAGAAUGCUCGUCAGUACCAUACAGCUCCCGAAGCACACUGGGUCGUCCAACACGCCGAGUACCUGCACGAGGCAGCCGAGGAGGAGCUCAAGAAACGACAACAGGAUAUCGACGAGGCGAUUCAACGGGACGCGCAGGCACCCUGA